AUGAGCCAUUUCACGCCGACCGCAGUGAGGACUGGAGAUCUGGAUAGAAGCAAUGGGCCUUGGGACUUGCGCUCAAGCAGUCACACGGAGCAACGAUACGAUCUUUAUCCUCGACGAGAUCCCCAACCACCACCACCGCCAACACCGCCACCUCCAACACACGAUGCAAGCCUUGAACCCAUCAUCGAGUCCUUUGUCACCCGUCCCCCCAUUUCAAAAGCCGUUCAGUUCCUACAGGACGGGCUCCUCCCUGACGUCCCAGGAAACUACACCCUCCCCACCAACCUGGACCCACACAAUCCAUAUACGUAUGAGCAGUUUUUAGAUGGGUUGUCCGUGCUUGGGAACUAUAGCUUUUUGGUGGAUAAGUGCUCGUAUGGCAAGAAGGAACGGGCGGGCCGCUUUGCGCGAAAUGUCGAGGAAGAACCCGAAGAGGACUACUUUUCUUUGAGGUCUAGACAAAAUGCUGAUUAUGCUCUUCGCUGCGUCAAGGAAGGGAUUGAAGCCUUCCAAGAAGGUGAUUUCGAGCGAGCCCUGAAAAAAUACCGACAUGCUUUAGAGCAAGAUGCGCGAUGUGCAGAAGCAUACGUUGCGCGUGGUGCCGUCCACGUAAAGCAAGAAAAAUACACAAAAGCCAUCGCCGACUUUGAACACGCCCUCAAGGUGGACCCACGACAUGCAAACGCUGCCAUCUAUCUCGCAAAGACACGCAAGCGAGUCGCAGAGCUAGAACAAGAAAAACAAAGUGCCGCGAGGGGAGAGUUUCUAAUGCCAGUAGAUUACGAUCCCAGACAUCCAACGCAUCCAGCAGCACUCUCCAACAAACUCGCGCACGUUCGUUUCCGUUCCGCUGAGAGCUCAACAACGGAACUCAUGACAGAUCCAGAUCCACCAGCUCCCGAACCCAUCCAUGACCUGACAAAACGCCGUCUCGUCUCCCCACCACCCACCAAACGCGAAAAACGCUCCCCGCACAAAAAAGACAAGAAGAGAAAGAAAAAGAAACGGCGACGACAGAGUGUGGAGAGUUUGAGUAGUAGUGCAUCUGAGAGACAUGGUCGUGAUUAUCGUGAAGCGAGUUUGGACAAGAGGGACAAGAGGCGAGCAAGUUAUACUUUUAGAUCCCCGUCUCGUGACAAGAGUCGACGGUCAGGGUCACACCAACGACGAUAA